UCGAACGGCCUGAGAGGGUUCGGCUGGUCCGAGUGGGGUUCUGAAGUCCAGCGGAGGUGGGCUUACUAGGGAAGGCGGCGCAUUAGAAACUACCCGCAACUGAGCGGGGAGACCUGCGGCCUCCCGGUACCCUCGGCCACCAUCCCAGCAUCCUCUGCGCCGCGCCGGACCUGAACUUCAUUUCCCAGCGGCCCCUGCGGCCUGCCCUAGCGCUGCGGCGCCUUUGUGAGCGCGGCCGGCGGCCAGGAUCGAGCCCUGGCCCGGGCCCUGGCCCAGCCCCGGCCUCCAAGGACCGCGCGAAGGAAGUGCCCACCGGAGGGAGGAGGCGCUCUACUUUUUCAGGAUACCAUCCCUCUCCGGGAGAGGAGCCUGAAGGAGUAGGACAGAAGAACUGUCAAAUUCUGGAAUCCUUAAAGCCAUGUCCAAGGAUUUGGUGACAUUUGGGGAUGUGGCUGUAAAUUUCUCUCAAGAGGAAUGGGAAUGGCUGAACCCCGCUCAGAGGAAUUUGUACAGGAAAGUGAUGUUGGAGAACUACAGGAGUUUGGUAUCACUGGGAGUUUCUGUUUCUAAGCCAGAUGUGAUCUCAUUAUUGGAGCAAGGAAAAGAGCCCUGGAUGGUGAAGAAGGAGGGAACAAGAGGCACAUGCCCUGAUUGGGAGUAUGUAUUUAAAAACAGUGAAUUUUCAUCAAAGCAAGAGACGUAUGAAGAAUCAUCCACAGUUGUGACAGUGGGAACAAGACAUCUUAGUUAUAGCCUUGAUUACCCCAAUUUCAGAGAAGACUGUCAAAGUGAGGACUGGUAUAGGAACCAGCUGGGAAGUCAAGAGGUACAUCUUAGUCAAUUAAUCAUCACUCAUAAGGAAAUCCUUCCAGAAGUUCAAAAUAAAGAAUAUAACAAAUCUUGGCAAACAUUCCACCAGGAUACAAUCUUUGAUAUACAACAGAGUUUUCCCACCAAAGAAAAAGAACAUAAGCAUGAACCACAACAGAAAAGUUACCGGAAAAAAUCUGUUGAAAUGAAACAUAGGAAAGUCUAUGUAGAAAAGAAACUUUUGAAAUGUAAUGACUGUGAGAAAGUCUUCAACCAGAGCUCAUCCCUUACUCUUCAUCAGAGAAUUCAUACUGGAGAGAAACCCUAUGCAUGUGUUGAAUGUGGGAAAACGUUCAGCCAGAGUGCAAACUUGGCACAACAUAAGAGAAUACAUACUGGGGAGAAACCCUAUGAAUGUAAAGAAUGUAGGAAAGCCUUCAGCCAGAAUGCACAUCUGGCCCAACAUCAGAGAGUUCAUACUGGAGAGAAACCCUAUCAGUGUAAAGAAUGUAAAAAAGCCUUCAGCCAGAUUGCACACCUGACUCAGCAUCAGAGAGUUCAUACUGGAGAGAGACCUUUCGAAUGUAUUGAAUGUGGAAAGGCCUUUAGUAAUGGUUCAUUUCUUGCUCAGCAUCAGAGAAUUCAUACAGGAGAGAAACCUUAUGUGUGUAAUGUGUGUGGGAAAGCCUUUAGCCAUCGCGGAUACCUAAUUGUACAUCAGAGAAUUCAUACUGGAGAGAGACCCUACGAAUGUAAGGAAUGUAGGAAAUCCUUCAGCCAGUAUGCACACCUUGCUCAACAUCAGAGAGUUCAUACUGGAGAAAAACCUUAUGAAUGUAAAGUAUGUAGGAAAGCCUUCAGCCAAAUUGCAUACCUUGAUCAACAUCAGAGGGUUCAUACAGGAGAGAAACCCUAUGAAUGUAUUGAAUGUGGGAAGGCCUUUAGCAAUAGUUCAUCACUUGCACAACAUCAGAGAAGUCAUACUGGAGAAAAACCCUAUAUGUGUAAGGAAUGUAGGAAAACAUUUAGCCAGAAUGCAGGCCUUGCUCAACAUCAGAGAAUUCAUACUGGAGAGAAACCUUAUGAAUGUCAUGUUUGUGGGAAAGCCUUUAGCUAUAGUGGAUCUCUUACUCUACAUCAGAGAAUUCAUACUGGAGAGAGACCCUAUGAAUGUAAAGAUUGCAGGAAAUCUUUCAGGCAGCGUGCACAUCUUGCUCAUCAUGAAAGAAUUCAUACUAUGGAGUCGUUCUUGACUCUUUCCUCUCCCUCACCCUCCACAUCAAAUCAGUUGUCAAGACCUGUAGGUUUCAUCUCCUGAAUAUGUCUGAAAUCUCACCUCUUUAAUCCAUUUCCAUUCCGUCAUCCUUGUCCAAUGCACAUUAAUAUAUUUGACAUGGGAUACUUGAGUAGCUUUCCAAUUAGUCUCCUUGUAUUCACCAUUGUCUGUGUCAGCUGUCCACAUUGCAGCCAAAUUUAUAUUUAAAAAAAUAUGUUUAAUAUCAUUUCUCCCUCAUUAAAAUUCUUCAGUGGCAUCCCAUAGUUUUUAAGUUAAAGCACACAUUCUUCAAAAUAGCCUAAAAACCUAGCCUCUAACACAUUGUUCCAGGCUACCUUCCAAAGUUCCUAUCUUUUGUCACUACCCAGCUCAUUCUCUGAAUACUUAUCCAGGAUUAAGACACAUUUUCCAGAAUCAAAAAGAUCUUUGUACUUCCAUUUUCUGCCCUCUAAUUUGGGGGCAGCAUUUUGUGCUUUGUAAGCUUCAGUCUGAUUUAUAGUGUGGGAAUAAUAAUGGUUCUACCUCAAAAGUUAAUAGAAGAAUGAAAUAAUGCAUGUAAAUUGCUCAGCAGCGUGCCUAGCAUAAAGUAAUUAAACAUUAAUGUAAAGUGAAAAGAUAACCAUACUAUACAUAGAAGAGCCGAUCAUCUCGGCCAUGAUUAUCUCAGAAAUAAAAAAGACAUGCAGCAGCUCAGGACUGAGAGAUUGUGAAGUUUUUUUUUUUUUAUUAGGAAUGGUAGGCAUUUUUCUAAAAGUAGGUGAGGAGAGUAUCCAAUACAGUAGGAUUGACAUUAGAGUCCAUCAUAUAGGGUAAAAUGGUGGCUUCUAUCUCAGCAUUGACUAGAUAUUUAACAGUUCUAAGAAGCUAAUGUCUUAUUUUAAAAGUCUUUUUUUUUUUGAGAUGGAGUCUUGCUCUGUUGCCCAGGCUAGAAUGCAAUGGUGCAAUCUUGGGUCACUGCAACCUCUACCUCCCAGGUUUAAGUGAUUCUCCUGCCUCAGCCUCCUGAGUAGCUGGGAUUAUAGACAUGCACCACCAUGCCUGGCUAAUUUUUAUAUUUUUAGUAGAGACAGGGUUUUGACAUGUCAGCCAGGCUUUUCUCUAAUUCCUGAUGUCAGGUGAUCCGCCUGUCUUGGCCUCCCAAAGUGCUGGGAUUACAUGCGUGAGCUACCAUGCCUGGCAUAAAAAGUCAUUUUUAAUAAGACAGCUUACUGAGAUGUAUUCAUCAUUUACAUGUAAACAAAGGCAAAAUCAAAAUUAAAAACGUGAAACAUCAGUAACCAAUGAAGAGUAGAAAAUAAAGUUUAAGUUUGAACCCCUUUUCUAAAUCUGGGUAAAUGAAUUAUAUCAAACCUAUGUCAUUUAAACUAAUAAAGGUUGUUAAAUUACUAAAAUUUCAAAACUAGUGAAGAAAAGAAACCAAAACUGUAGGUGAGUUCUCAUAAACUGGCCCGCAAACAUGUUUGAUUCUGUAUGCAUGAAGUUUAAACUACAUGUGAAUACCUUCAGCAGACCAUGUGUUUUCCCUUUUCUCAGACAUUCAGACCACUCCCUGAUCCUUUAUAUCUGACCUUUUUAAAUAUUACUUCCUGACCCCAGAAGUCUUUUGGCAUAUCAUCAAUGCAGUAAUCAAUUCACAUAUGACUAUAGACGCAAACAGAAUGAUGAAAGUUUAAUGGAGGAUGAAAAGGAAGACAAAUAUUUUAUUCUUUAUAUGGUAAGAUUGAUUCACUAUCAUACAGAUGUCAGUAGCCCAUGAAUUAAUCUACAGAUUCUACCUAACAAAAUUCUAAUACAUUUUAUAACGUUUUAACAUGUAUGUGUGAACAUACAUAUUCACGCUGUUGCACAUAUAAAGAAAAUAUACAAAAAAGUGACCUAUCACAUCAGUGGUUUAACAGUUUUGGAAAAAUUUGUACUGCUCAAUACAAUUCAUUCUUUACAUAUGUGAAAGUUACUUUCAAGUGGUUUAUCUAAAUGUGGAACAGACAGUGAUUAGAGGACUCUGUGGCACACUCGAAUCAUGGAAUGAGAGUGGCCUUCCUAAACAUCACAUGAUGUUCAGAAGCCUCCCCACCUCCUGCCAACAAGUCAUAGGUUUGACUGUAUCAGACCUGUAUAAAGGUUUUAUAUGACCAAAGAUAGCAAAACAAAGAUACAAUAUUUUUUAAAGCUAAGAAUGGGAGAAAUUUAUCACAGCACAUAUAAACUAUGGAAUUCAUAUCCUUAACAUAAAAUAGUUCAUAAAAAUCCCUUAGGAAAUGAUGCGUUUCUCCAGUUCAUCGUCAAAGGAUAUGAAGAGGCAACAGGUGACCAAUAAAUAUGUGGUAAGUACUAAAUCUCCCUAGGAUCAGAAGAAAUACAGUUUAGGCCAAGGAAAUACUAUUUUUUCAAUAUCAGAUUAAUAAAACUUUGCAUUGAAAGCAUAGGAAAAGAGAUACUAUGCACAAAUUUAAAAGAGCAUGGGUUUGUACAAACUUUGUGGUAGGCAAUUUGUCAACUUCAGAAUUUUAAUUGGGGAAAAGUAGAAUUUUAUUUUGAAGUUCAAAAACUCGGCACACAAUGUCUUUCCCUCCAGAUCCUAUUAUACACAUAGAACAAUGUAAACGAUACUUUAAAAAAAAAGUGAGGCUUUUGAGUGGAUGAAAUAAUUUUGUUAAAGGCAAAACAAGGAAGAGUGUUCAUUCAUGAAAUGUAGCAGAAGAUGCUGCAUGUUAUAUGUGAAUGACUGAAGGGUUUUAAAAAUGGGAUCUAGUCUGCCCAAAGGAUCCCUAGAGAAGUUCAAGCUUGGAGUUGGCUUCUGUACAGGCUGUGGCUUCUAAGAAGACAUGACGAAAAACCUCUUAAAGCCUUUCUAUGUGAAAGUUAUGUCAGUAACCCUUGCCAAAAGCCUCCUUACUCUCCCCUCUCUUAUAUAAGUAAAUUUCACACCAUUAACAAGUAUAAGUUCUAACAAUAAAAUCUAAAUGUAAAUUGCUAAAGCAAAACUAUUAGAAAAAAAUAUAGUGGGAUAUGUUAA